GUAUUACCAAAUGCUAUACCAGACCUAUCACUAAUGCCGGGCCUCAGCAGGUGUAGCUGGAGGCUAGGAUUCGUUUUUGCUACGAAGAACUGGCCUUGUUUGCAGCCAUUUUGGCUGAUCAGAGUGGAGUUUCGGCUGAUCAGUAUAUAGUUGCUGUGUCCCAUCGUCGGGGCGUAGACACGUCUGACCGGAGAGGCUGUAAGUAGACGUAAGUGACGCCCCAUGGAGACGAUGAGAGAUGCCGACUCCGCAGGGCUGACCUGCGCAAAACUGGGUCAGUUUGCUACACCCGUGGCCAACACUGGUCGGCGCACAAGGACCACGACCACCUUGGAAUCGAAGUGCCCUGUCGCGAUCGGGACGAAACCAGGUCCACCUCCAAACCUUUUCCUUGUGACGUUGAGCCCGAUCCCCAUGAACUUGGAUGCGGCGCUGGCAAAAUUGCUCAAGACCUUGGGAGUGCACGAGAUGGACAGGGUCUCUGCGCAGGAGAUCCACUUCUCCGUGACUUCGAAGAAGAUCGCAUUGGGCCUCCAAGCUCUCAAUGGCCUGGCCGCCAUCGGGAGACACAAGCUGGAGGUGACUGUUCACGAAGCACCUUCAGCCAUGACGAUGGGACCAGGUUCAAUUGGUGGCCACGCUCAU